GCGUGAUCGAGCAUGCUGCUUUCAUUGAUCAUUACCAACCUGGCUGACACUCUGGACCCAUCAUGGAGUCGGGGAAGCAGCUAACAGGUACAUUAGCCCUGGCUGUGUUCACAGCAGCUCUCGGGUCUCUGCAGUAUGGCUAUAGUCUUGGAGUCAUCAACGCACCCCAGAAGGUCAUUGAAAAGCAUUAUGCGCGGUCCCUGGGGGUGUGGUCAGAGAGGGCUGCUGUCCUGUCAGAAAACAGCACAGAGGAAGGGGAGUUCUCAGAGGCGGGGAAGCACCCUGCCGUUAUCAUGUAUUGGUCAUUGUCGGUGGCAAUCUUCUCCAUCGGUGGCAUGUUAUCCUCCUUCCUGGUGGGAUUUGUGGGAGACAUGAGAGGAAGGGUAAAGGGCAUGUUAAUGGUCAAUGUUCUGGCUGUAGCAGGUGGACUGCUGAUGGGUCUUUGCAGAAUGUGGAAACCUCACAUCAUGGUCAUCUCUGGCCGUGCUGUUAUGGGCUUUUACUGUGGGUUGACAUCUGGGCUAGUUCCUAUGUACAUUGGAGAGAUUGCACCCAAGGCUUACAGAGGAGCUCUGGGUACUUUACACCAGCUGGCUAUUGUUAUUGGCAUCCUAAUCAGCCAGGUAAUAGGCUUGGACUUUGUAUUAGGUAACGACGAUAUGUGGCCUGUGUUGCUUGGUUUGUCUGGAGCUCCAGCCAUAUUACAGUCCCUCCUGCUGCCUCUAUGCCCUGAGAGCCCACGUUACCUUUACAUUUUACUAGGCAAGGAGCAAGAGGCUCAAAAAAGUCUGUAUCGUCUAAAGGGGGCGUAUGAUGCAACUCCUGAUCUGGAGGAGAUGAAGCGAGAGAAAGAAGAGGCAGACAGGGAGCCCAGGGUCUCUAUCCUUUCUUUGAUCCGCUCCACCGUGUACAGGCAGCAGCUGUUUGUUGCCCUCAUGAUGCACCUCUCCCAACAGUUAUCUGGCAUCAAUGCGAUCUUUUAUUAUUCUACGUCUAUCUUCACUCUGGCUGGUGUCAGUCAGCCGGUUUAUGCCACUAUAGGAGUCGGGGCCAUCAACACCGUCUUCACUCUGGUGUCUGUUGCUCUAGUGGACAGGGCUGGCAGGCGCACGCUGACUCUGGCUGGUCUAGGAGGGAUGUGCUGUUGUGCCGUUGCCAUGACAGUGGGCCUCAAACUCCAGGUUGAACAGCCAUGGAUGAGCUACGUCAGCAUGUCCGCUAUCUUCCUCUUUGUGAGUUUCUUUGAAAUUGGUCCUGGUCCUAUUCCAUGGUUCAUCGUUGCUGAACUGUUCAGUCAGGGACCUCGGCCUGCAGCCAUCGCUCUAGCUGGCUGCUGCAACUGGACCAGCAACUUCAUCAUAGGCAUGACCUUUCCAUAUAUACAGGCUUGGUUGGAUUGUUAUGUGUUUAUCCUGUUUGCUGUGCUGCUUUUCGGCUUCACUGUGUUUACUUAUCUUCGGGUCCCUGAGACCAAGGGCAAAACUUUUGAGGAGAUCUCUGCCGUCUUCCAAAAGGGCCGGAAAAAGUCGGCACAGAGCCCCAAAGAUGCAACUGAACUGCAGCAGCUCAAAACUACAGAUGCUUAAAACAGCAGCCAUGUAGAAGAAGGAAAGGGUGUAGUGUGCUUCAUCCGCCCUCAAAGGGAAUGGCAGGCCUGUCCGGUGUUUUCAAAGUAGGGUGUCUUAUAUCAGGAGAUACUUCAGAGAUUGAGUCCAAGGUAUACUAGCGCACAAAAACUAGAGGCAACAAACUUUAGUAAAAAAUUAACCAAACAUUGAAAAGCCAGAUCCGUCUUUAAUAAAGACACAUCUAGCAUCUUAACAUUUGUCUUUUUAUAGCAUCAAUGUGUAAGAUUUAGUGGUUUUUGUUGGCCUCUAGUGGUGAGGAUUUGAUAAUAUCUGAUAAUAUUUGAUAAUAUUGCAACGAGCUGAAACUUCUCCUGGUUAGAAUUUCUUCAGUGUUCAUUGUUAAGGUUUUUACCAUGAGCCGAAUUAUACACAGAGGUCUCUUCCUCUCCAGAGCAAAUGGACCAGGUGAUUGAAACCAAUAAAAACACUGAAUAAAGCAGUUUCAUGUUACAAUUCAGUGUUUCUCCAAUGCUGUUUGGCAUGUUGGGGAUGGGCUGCUUGCCCAGUACCUGCAAAUCUGUGCUGAACAUUCAGGUGGUUUUUAUCAGCGCUACAUUAUUGGCAGAGGUCUCCUCCUGUUACAAACAAACAGACCUGUUGAUUUAAACUGGGAAUUGUAUUUUAGAAAAUGCUGAAUAGUGUCUCUCUGAAACUAUUUGGCAUGUCAGAGAUGGGUGCCCCCCCACCGCAGGCUAAUGUAUGCUCACUUUUUUCUCUAAAUUACCGCCAAAUAACCCAUAGAAGCCUUUCUCUCUGAAACAAACGGACUCUGUGAUUUAAACAGGUAAAAACACAGAAUAAAACAGUUCCAUGCUAAAAAAAAAAAAAAAAAAAAAGUAUCAUCGCGAAGAGGCAGCUAACUAUGGUGGCCAUUGCAACAAUGUGAAUAUCCCUAUCUAGAGCCAGUGUUUGGUCUGUUUGUUCAAGGCCACUGUAGAAACAUAACGAUGCAACAUCGUGAUUUCUGUGGACAAGGACCCGCUCCUUAUGUAGAUAUACACGGCUCAUUCUAAGGUAACAAAAACACAACAAUUCUUAUUUUCAGGUGCUCAUAUAAUA